AUGGGACAAAAGCCCAUGGAACAAAUGGCCCAUGGGGGUUUGAACCAUGGGUCAAUAUGGGCAGACCCAUGGUCAAAACCCAUGGGGAAUGCACAUGUCUAUGCAUCCCAACACGCUGUUCCUUCAUCUUCCGACCCGGCAGUUGUCAUCCGGCCCCCUCGCGAAUCCAAACGCGCUGGAAGCCCCGGCAAACGCCCCCGCAUCGAGUCUUCAUCAUCGGAUUCAGAUGACCCCAUCCCGCCCUCUCAGGCCCAGCGAGGACGCGUGAUCAAGAAGAAGCCCAUCACUUACAGCAAAACGCGCACUCUACAGGACAACCAGAAGAAAUGGCCAGUUGAACCUACUUCCGACGGCCUUACUGCGAUCAACAGCGAAGACGUUGUAGAGAUCAGCCCUGACGACGUCAUGGACUCAGGAUCUGAUGUCUACGAGGUCCCCGAUGAUGUGCCGGCCCUCAAGCCGGCCCUCAACCCUGCCAGCCUGCGCUCUACCGGUACGCAGGCACGAGGCCGCAGUGAGCGUUCAGAGGAAUCGGACGAUGAACUCAGCCAAGAAGCAACCACCUCGCAGAAGAUGUCCACUCGGAACACGUCCCGUGCGCAAUGA